AUGGCCGAAGAAGAACAUCUCAAAAAAAGCCAUAUGGCCAUCGUGCUAGGCAUCGGGCUUGGGGUGGUGCUACUGAUCGUGCUGAGUUUAAUCAAUUAUAUUCGGGUGCACGAGUCGGCUUUUUCUUUUCUUCUGUUCUUUGGCUUUCUGAUACAUUCCCUCCGUAUCACAUGCGAUGGCAUACUGACUGUAUCACCUAGUCUGACGAUUGUCAUUAACCGCCGGGAUCGGCAGUCAUUUCUGCGCUCGAAGAAAGAUCCCGAUCAGCGCUUGCGGAGUUUGGAUGCUGUUGCUCCGAUUUGCACGCUUGAGAAGUGGUGGACUACCACGAAAGGGAAUCUUGGGCUUUCAGAGGCUGUUGAUGGGCAUGCUGUCUGCUUGGAGCAAGUAGAUCGCCCGCAUGAAAUCCGCCAACUGCGCUGCUUGCAUGUCUUUCACCGAGAGUGUCUGGAAAAGUGGUUUUUAGGUGACCAUUUCAAUUGUCCCUUGUGUCAUCGAGCAUAUUAUGCGUCGAACACACCUCCCCACAACGAUUACGUAUGGAUGGUAUGA